UUAACCGGAAGUGCCUUUCUAACUUGUGGCGCCCGCGUCGAGCGCCGCUUCUACCCACAACAAAGUACCGACAGCUCUCACGGUCAUGUAACUUUACUUUUACAGCUCAACUUCAUCGAUGGAUCCGUCAGUGAGUACUGGUCCACUGUGAUCAGAAAGCUGUCCAUCCUUGUGUGAGGUGGAGCAUGUCUGUGGUGACCGUCCAGCUGGGACAGUGCGGUAACCAGGUGGGACAGGAGCUGUUUGACAUCAUCUGUAGCGAUGCUCAGGAGGGACAGAGGAAAACCUACAGCACCGCCAGCUGUGAGAGGUUCUUCCACCAAACCACACAGGGAGACCUUGUGGCCAGGGCGGUGCUGAUAGACAUGGAGCCCAAAGUGAUCAAUCACAGUAUGACCAAGGCUGCAAAGACUGGCAGGUGGAGGUAUGGAGAAAAGUCACACUUCAGCCAGAAGCAGGGAUCUGGAAAUAACUGGGCCAAUGGGUACUGUGUCCACGGGCCUCGUCACAGAGAGGCGGUGGAGGAGCUGGUGAGGCGGGAGGUGGAGCGCUGUGACAGACUAGCUGGGCUCAUUGCCAUGAUGAGCGUAGCAGGGGGAACGGGGUCAGGGGUCGGUACCUACAUUACACAGUGUCUCCGAGACAUCUACCCAUCAUCCUUCAUCCUCAACCACCUCACCUGGCCGUACGGCACUGGGGAGGUGAUCGUCCAGAACUACAACUCUGUGCUGACACUGGCUCACCUCUACCAGCUGUCAGACGCCAUCCUGGUGCACGAGAAUGACACGGUGCACAAGAUCUGCAGUCAGCUGCUCAACAUCAAGCACAUCUCCUUCAGCGACAUCAACAGGGUCAUCGCCCACCAGCUGGGCGGUAUCCUGCAGCCCGCGCUCACCGCUGACUCCCACGGAGCGUACAGCAGAAACCCCCUGGGUGAGUUGGUGAGUGCUCUUGCUUGCCACCCAGAGUACAAGCUGCUCAGUGUGUGCACCAUCCCUCAGAUGCCCAGUUCCUCCAUAGCCUACAGCACGUUCAGCUGGCCAGGGCUCCUCAAACACCUACGACAGAUGCUCAUCUCCAACUCCAGGAUGGAGGAAGGUAUAGACUGGCAGGUGCGUCCACAUGCUGGCUCUGGGCAGAUCAGGACUCUGACGGGAGGCGGCUUCAACACGUCUCUAGCCAACCUGCUCGUGCUGAGAGGGAAAGAUGUCUACAGCACAGAGACAGGUGGUUUUGAGGACCCAGCCCUCUACACUUCCUGGCUGUCAUCAGGAGAAGCUUUCAGCUUGUGGAAAUCCCCAGUCCCCUUCAACAAGUAUGAGAAGUCUGCUACGCUGGUCAGCAACAGUCAGGCCCUGCUCAGACCUCUGGAUGACAUGGUGGGAAAAGCCUGGAACAUGUUUGCUUCCAGAGCCUACAUCCAUCAGUACAUUAAAUACGGCAUCUCAGAGGAGGACUUCUUGGACAGCUUUACGUCUCUAGAGCAGGUCAUCUCCAGCUACAGUCAACUGUGCUAGCAGUGAGAAACACCACCACCUUGGACUUUAUGUAAAUAAGAGAACGCACCUUCAUGUUGGAUAAUGCGGAUGCUUAAAAUGUAAAUAGAAUUUGUUUUAAAGUUGGCUCAAAAAAAGGAAUUUUUCAUAUCCCUUGAGUUUGUCUGGCACCUGGAGUGGAAAGAACAGAGCCAAUUUCAUAACCAGAGGUUUCACUGUUACACAGUCAGUGUAGAGAAACCCCAGGGGAAAGGGUUGGGGCUAUGAUGACUGUAUUCAGGAAGUAGAGCGGCUUAUUCAUUUAUUUCGGGGUUAGUCGUUCGAUUCGCCACCCCACCUACAUGCUUCGGUGGCAAGACACGGAACAAUGUGUGAAUGAGAAACAUCUGUUUUAGUAUAUUACAAUUUUUCUUUAUUUUAAUGGAUUAUUUUUAGUUCUAAUCUAUUUUAGGUCUAAAAUUAAUAAAAAUGCUUCAUGAGUAUUACAAAAGCUAUACAAAACCAAAAGCCCUCCCCCUUUGACAUUUUUUCCCCCUCGGGGCCACAAACAACUUGCUUGGUUUCUUUAUCCUGACCCCCACCUCACAUGAAGCAGAAGUUGAUCAUGACUUUAUAUUUUUUUCUUAUUGAAGUAAAAAGGCAACUAUGACAGUGAUUUUGAUCAAACAAACCACAUAACUCUCUCCCCAUUACCUCCCGUCUCUCUCCACUUGCAGCUAUCAAAUAAAUGGCAGACCUGCCAACCUGUACGCAUCUUGCGUAGCAGGUACUCAAUUUGACAUGAAAAUACGCUGGUACGGUCCACCUCUUGAAACUACUCAAAAAGCUGCUGACAUCUCUGAGUGCUGUUAGAAAUGUGCAGGUGCGAUACUCCUGUGUGACAGCACGAUGCAGCAGUGUGGUGGUGAAGCAGUUUCAACCAGUCAUCGUAGAGUGGCAGAGAAUAACAAGUCUGCCGAACCUAUAGCGUUAACCCCGCCCCGCUCUGCCUGCGGUGUGUGUGUGUGAAUAAAGUACCAAGAUUGUAGUGGUACUGUAUGAUUACGAGUAAAAGUACUAAAUUACUUUCCACACUGUGUUUCUCUUAUUUUAAGGUUAGGAAUCAGAGUGGGCCUGUAUAUAAGGAGGGAUGGGAUUAUUUCUUCUUGUUUAAAGACAAAUCUUAUAGCAACAACCCUGCCACUAUGGCAGACAAGGAUGACAGGGAGGGACAGCAGCAGGACUUUUAAAAAGCAGAGGGUCCACGUCCCCCAGUAUUUGGAAAAAUAUAAGAAAAAAUAUCAGUGGCCAUACCUGCAACCAUCAAAGAUCCCACAUCAUGCAUUUUGCACAGUGUGCAAUUAUGAUGUGAAAUAAUAUCAUGUCACGUAAGCCACCAGGGAGCUUAUAUGAAAUAUGAAUUAGGCCUGUGAUGUGUGCCUCUGUGCUGUAAGCCAAUGGAAUUAUCACAUUCUUGAAAAUAAAAAAUAUCUAUUUCAUUACACAAAAUAAAUUAUUACAAUUUUAAUUAAAUAAUUCAGUGGUGUUAACUUGUGGCUAUGAGCUUUUAUAAGCAUGUAAUCAAGUGCAACUUUUGAAUUUUAUGUUGCCCAGAUAGUGCAUUGCACAUUAUAUUUGAUAUCAGGUCAAAAUAAAAAAAAUAAAAUAAAUAAAAAUACUGAAAUAAUUUACCUUGGUUUGUUAACAGCAUUUUUAUAUGUUUUGAAAGUAUUUUUGUGUUCCACUGAAAGGCCAUCGCUGAUUCAGUACAGAAUGUACAUCACUUAGAAGGACAUGUUAUAUGAAAAAAAAAAAAUGUUUAAAAUGUCCAUAUUUACUUUAAUAAAGAUUUAAAUCAAAAAUAUGUAUUUUUUAUAUUUUUAUUUUAUAACCGAUUUUCAGCUAGUGAAUGGGAAAGUAACUGUGUGUAAAGCAAAGUAGUUGGAAAAGUUUGCAAAAAAAAAAGCCGCACGAGACAAGUAGCACUCAAAAUAUUUUGCCGUGGUUGGCAGGUCUGAAAUGGCCACAAAAGAAAAACUUCUACAACUGAAUGACUCCCUCUGAUACGAUCUGGUGAUGUGACUAGAAACUCCUCGCGGUGAGAGCAUAUGAACCAUUAUAGCUUUGAAAUGCAAACAUACAUUAACGGCAAUUCUUUGAUAAUUCUGAGAAGCAGAACUGCACAAAUAAAAGUGGCAAGAGCAUCAUUUAACAUUGGUUUCAACUCUUUAUUGAUUAUAGCUUUUACACAAUAGAGGUGGGGUGGCAAGAAAAUCACUGAAGACGGGCCGACACCAGAGGACCAGCUGAAGUGCAGUCAGUCUUGACGUGCUGCACUGAAACGCUGAAGGCCCACAGCUUCAGCCAGCUUACAGACCGCUGUUGCCGUAUAAAUUGACCAGCCAACACCAGUCUGAUAAGCUAGCUGACGGGAUGGGAGCAUGGGGGCCAAUCUUAUCCAUGAGGCGGGGUGAACCAGAAUCUACAGAGCGUGAUUUAGGCAAGACAUAUCUCCCACGCAGAAACGGUGUGGGAGUCAGCACAGACCAACUGAGAGCCAGGACAUAAUGUGAUCCUCCUAAGAAUUAGUAGAAAGCAGAAACAUGAAGAUACAUGCGGGCUGAGCUGUUCACUUACCUUAAAGAUGGUAAUUUCUAAGAGGAAAUAAAGAAAGAUCUCUACGGUUUAACGUCACAGGGUUACAACAAAGCCUUUCAGGACGAGAACUUAGAAGAGAGUACAAAACAAAUGACAGACUCAGACUUGGAAACAAGUGCAAUGAUUUCCACGUUUUAUAUAUGAUUUGAUCCAAGUUUCACCCUAAAUGUACAGAAUAGAAAUGGGACUAGUUAGCCGAGAGUACAAUGUCACUUUACAAAUGAUAUCAUCUUUUCUUUUGUGUUUUGGUUCAAGUUGACUAAUGUCCACACAGACCGUCUGAAUAGAAAUACAUCUGAGCAUACCCUCAAAAAAGAUAUUAAGAUAUUUACACAAUGUGCAAACCAUCAAUACCACACUGUUGUUUUAAGUUGAUAUUGCUUUUUUUUCUCCGACAUUUUAAACUCCAGAAACAAAAGACGACAAAUUGGUCUUACUGUCUUAAGAGGACGAAAACGUGAGGACAAUUUAACCCUGAAAAGAAAACACCAUCCAUAGCAGUAAUCUUGGCAGCACACUGUACAAACAAAUCAAGAUCCAUCCAUACAGAAAUGUUACAAAAUUAAAUAAAAAUCAAGUCAUUAAGUCAAGAGCUAUAUUCAAGGGAAGCCGGAUCUUCCCGUCUUGCAUAAGGCAUAGCAUCUGAUGGGCACUGCCCUUACACAGCAGUUACCACCAAACCGCUGCUUUACUUCUGAGGUCAAUGAAUGGGUUAAUUUAACGUUUAAGUAACAUGUUAAGAUCAGCAGUAGAGCCAGUCACUCUAGACACAAACCUACAGAGUGAGAUGAGAGGAAGAACUACAAAACCUGAAGGGAGGGGGGAAACAAGUAGACAGCACAUACACCCUC